GAAGCCGUGGUGUUGGACGCAACCCUGAGAAAGGAGCUGCACCUCGGGUCGCUCGCUCGCUUGCUCCGCCGUUGCUCGCUUCGGAUUGAGCCGUCCGCAACAGCCGUCCGCGCCCGAGCUGCAAUCAUCUCCUUCGGAAAGUCUGCCGCGGGGAAGGAGGAUUCCCCGCGAUUGGAAUGCUGCGGCUCGUUCCGAGGCUGGGUGGAGGACGUGGGCAGAGCGCCUGGUAAAGCGAGAUUGUCAUAGGCUCCCCGCGCAGUUCGGGGUAUUGUUUCGCCUUUCGUUCCGCCAAGCAGCUGCUCUGGGGCCUCUGAUGCACCCCUUCCAGUGGUGUAACGGAUGCUUCUGUGGUUUGGGAUUGAUCUAUACCAACAAAACGUGCACCAUGCCUCCCAUCACUUUCCAGGACUUGCCACUGAAUAUCUACAUGGUGAUUUUUGGCACAGGUGUCUUCAUCUUUGUACUCAGCCUUAUUUUCUGCUGUUACUUCAUUAGCAAACUUCGGCAUCAAGCACAAAGUGAAAGAUUUGGAUACAAAGAGGUGGUUUUGAAAGGUGAUGCCAGAAAGCUAAACUUACAUGGGCAGACUUGUGCCGUCUGCCUGGAAGACUUUAAAGUGAAAGAUGAACUGGGAGUGUUGCCAUGCCAACAUGCCUUCCAUAGAAAGUGCCUUGUGAAGUGGCUAGAAGUUCGAUGUGUUUGUCCCAUGUGCAAUAAGCCUAUAGGAGGGCCCUCAGAACCUCACCAAAACAUUGGAAUUCUCCUGGAUGAACUAGUGUGACCAUCUUCCUGCCCACGUUUCCCCCCACCGCCCCACCGCCCCAAAGAGCCUUUAUUGACACUGAUUAUUGCCUUGGGAUUGUGGACUUCAACACACGGUCACAGUCUGAGAUUGUUUCCAAGUGGAUGUUAAUCUUAACCUUCUUAGAAGGCAGCGUGGACCAUUCCGAGUGCCAAGAUGGAAAGCAAGCUGGCUUUGUUCUCCAUCUACCAUCUGGGAGCCAUUUCUGGGGAAGUCUGAUCAGAAGUGCAUGGGAAUCUCUAUUUCGGAUUACCAAACAACGAAGGACUUGAAACAAGGAAGUCUGAACUUUCCCAGGAUGAUUGGUGAACAAUUGAACUCUAGCCCAGGUUUCCGCAGCUGGUUGUUGUGAUGCUAACUGUGAGAUCGAAGUCUUCCCUUUUUCUAGGACUUGCUGGUCAGAAUCCACAAAUGGCGAUAUAGCCUCUUCGGUUUCUAAUGAGACUUUUCUUUUUAUAGUAAGUCAGCUCCUGCCAUUUGGGCAAUCUUUAUUUCUGCUCCUUAGGGAUCCCUUCUGCAAUUUGAAAACAAGAGCUCUUGCUGACUUUGGCUAGGUCCUUCUCUGCAAAAUCUACAGUGUUUACAUAAGACUUAAGCAGAAAACCUCCCUGCGGACUGUAGAAGGGGCACCAGUCAGCCAACACCAUUGACCCAGCACAGCUGCAAAGAGCCCACCACCUCCAAUAUUGUGGAGAAAGGGAGCCACAUUGUGACAUUUGGCUCACCCGUAUAGGUGGCAAAGUGAUGAAGGUAGGAGCAUGAAAACUCUUCUCUUAGCUUUCAGAUGAGUGGGACUAUUUUCGCAAGUGGCCUUUUAACUUUUUUUGCCUAUUCUAUCCUUGUGUAGAAAAAUAAAAGUACUUUCUCUGAAA